UGUGUAUCGGUUGCUAGAGCACAUAAAACGUUAAAAUUUUACUGUAUAUACGUAUUAUUUAUAUUUAUUUAUUUUAAUUGUACUUAGUUGAAUAUAGUUGCGAUCUAACACACCAAAUAUUAAUGAUGGAUAAACAGGAUAUAUUACAAGUGGGAACCAGCAUCAACAUAAAAAGGACUGACGGCCGCGUUCAUUCGGCCAUAGUAGCUGGAAUAAAUAAUGAUAUGCGAUGUGCUACAGUGGAGUGGUUCGAGCAGGGCGAGACGAAAGGAAAAGAAAUUGACAUGUCAGUCAUAGCAAAUUUAAAUCCAGAAAUAUUAAUACCGCAGCCGGGAGAGACAGUUCAACCGGAUCGAAUCAUACCGACAGACAGACAAACAGAAUUUCACAAUUUAGCUAGGAACCCGACAAGGCAGUCUAUAUCGAGCUCCAGAGCAAACAAUGGCAUUUCGCGAAGUUACAAUCCUAGGGCCACACUUUUGCCCAACAACGGACACACACUACCAUCCAAUGAAGUUAUCCAAUCAAGAACUGAAACCAACAUACCCACCAGCAGGUCAACCAGUUUAGCAGUACAGAAAUCAAGACAGAGUAAUGUAGUGAAGGAAGUAGAAAAACUAAAGAAAAACCGCGAAGAAAGGCGACAAAGGCAAGCAGAAGAAAAAGCUGAGAAAGAAGCAUUUUUACAACUUGCCCCUGGAAACCCUCAUUGGGAACUUCUAAACAUGAUCAUGGAUUAUCGGCGUGGUUUAGAGAUUAAACCGCUGUCAGAAAACGAUGUUAUAGAAGACCACCUUAUAACGGUGUGCGUACGAAAAAGACCUCUGAAUAAAAAAGAAAUAGGAAAAAAGGAAGUGGACGUUAUAACCGUACCAAGUAAAAAUCAACUGAUUGUCCACGAACCGAAGAACAAAGUGGACUUGACGAAAUACCUCGAGAACCAGCUGUUCCGAUUCGAUUACGCGUUCGAUGAAACCUGCUCGAACGAAAUGGUGUACAGGUAUACCGCGCAACCAUUAAUAAAAACCAUCUUCGAGGGCGGUUUCGCGACGUGUUUCGCCUACGGGCAGACCGGCUCCGGCAAAACGCACACGAUGGGCGGCGAUUUCAACGGCAAAACUCAAGACUGCCAAAAAGGCAUCUACGCCAUGGCGGCGGCGGACGUUUUCAAACUGGCCAACUCGUCGAAGUACCGCCACUUGAACCUCGUCGUCUCCUCGAGCUUCUUCGAAAUUUACUCCGGCAAGGUUUUCGAUUUGCUCAACAACAAGACCAAACUGAGAAUCUUGGAGGAUGGCAAGCAGCAAGUUCAAGUGGUCGGGCUGACGGAAAAAGUCGUCAGCUCCACCGAUGAAGUGCUGAAACUGAUCCAGAAGGGCAACCAAGCGCGCACGUCCGGCCAGACGUUCGCCAACUCGAACUCGUCCAGAUCGCACGCCGUUUUUCAAAUCUAUCUCAGAUCGCACAGCAAUCUGCAAAAAAUACACGGCAAGUUUUCUCUCAUCGAUUUGGCCGGCAACGAAAGAGGAGCUGACACCUCCUCAGCAAACCGACAAACCAGAAUGGAAGGUGCUGAGAUAAACAAGUCGCUCCUGGCCCUGAAAGAGUGCAUUCGCGCGCUGGGCCGCAAAGGCGCUCAUCUGCCGUUCCGCGUGAGCAAGCUGACUCAAGUGCUGAGGGACUCUUUCGUCGGCAACAACUCGCGAACGUGCAUGAUCGCAAUGAUUUCGCCCGGCGUGAAUUCCUGCGAGCACAGUUUGAACACGCUGAGGUACGCCGACAGGGUGAAAGAGCUCGGCGGGGGCGAUCUGACAACUUCCAAUCAAAACGACGAACAAGACGACAGCAACGAUGAUGGAGAUCUGAUGCAGUUAAGGUCUUUGAACGAGCAUGAUAUGACUCCGGAGUUGCUAAAUUUCCAUCAAGUUAUUUCGGAUAUCCAGAUAGCGGAAGAUAACAUGCUGGACAACCAUAAGCAAACUUAUGAGGAGUUGGCGACUAUUUUCAAGAAAACUGGCGAACUUUUGAGAGUGACUGAUGUUGUGACUUAUGAUCAAGAAGUUUAUUCCAAGCAGUGGGUAGAGCUGAUAGAUAAUACGCUAUCUUUAUUUGUAAACGCAAAAGAAAUAGUAGAAGAUUUUAGAGCAAAAAUGGCAGCAGAAGAACAACUGAGUCGCAAAACAACAAAACGAAAGUAAAUUUUACCUUACUUAAACCUAUUGUAAAACGUUUGUUUGAGAGUACAAUUAACUGCUGUCAAACAAACGUUUUCUUAACUUCAGGCCUCUAAAUAUAGGUGUAUUGGCCGUAACUUACGCUUUUUUAAAUUACUAACCAAAUAAAGACAUUCCUUUGAAUGUAUCAAAACAUGUUUUUUUAUAGCCGGCAUUGUUAUAAUCGUUAAUUCACAUUAGAGCUUUUUAAAAUACAUAGAUGCAGGCUAUUAUAUGUAUGAUGCAAAACUAAUUUUACAUUUACACCACUUUAUUUUAAGUGUGAACGCUUUAAUUUAAACAAUGUUUAAAAAAUAAAUAUUCCCCACCAAAGUAUGUACAAGGAUUGUCUUAAACUAAAUUAUAAAAAUUAGAUCAUUACUUUAGAAAAUAGCCUGCAUCUACGUAUACCACAGCCCUAAUGUGAAUUAACAGAACUGGUAACAAAAUACGAUUAUAACAAUGUUUGUCAGCAAUAAUUUGUUUUAAACAUUUGGUUAGUUUAAAAACGUUGAAGUUAUUUCUUUGGACAUUGGUAUAUUGGCCGUACUUUUUACGCUUUUUUAAUGAAAAAA